AUGGCAAACGGAGACUUCUUGCUGGUGGUGAUCGUUUCUCAUCUUCUUCGGACAGGCUACUGUUCACCUUUGACCCCGGUCUCGGUCAAGGCAGGAAACAACGCCACGCUGCCCUGUCCCGCCCUGUCGGCCGCCGAUGCCAGCGCCCCUGGUGACUAUCGGGUGAACCAGCUGGUGUGGAGCCGCUGCUCAGGCAAGAAGACGUGCCUGGUGGCCGGCCAAUCGAGCCAGCUGGUGACCUAUGCGGGUGGAAAGGUCAGCGUCCAACAGGAGGACGCUCGUCUCUCCCUGGAUCUGGACUCGUGGUCCCUGGUGAUCGACCCGGCCAGAGCCACCGACUCGGGCGUCUACAGCUGCGUCUUCAACAAGCAGGCCUCCGAGCGCAACAUCGUCCAGCUGCUCGUCCUCGACGUGCCGAGUCCCCCGGGGCGGCCCAUGGUGCUCCGUCACGAGUCCCGGCUGGUUAACCUCAGCUGGGCUCCCAGCAAGUACACCAAUAACGCGCCGAUCGAGUACUACGUGGUCCAGACCAGGUAG